AUGUGGGAGUGGGUCAGGAGAGCCGUGCUGCACUCGCUGGCCACGGCCCUCCUGCGCCUCUGGAAGUGGCUGCGGGCGUUCUGGUACAAGAAUGGCCUCCUGACCCUCUCCAUGCUCUCGGUGGUCACCGGAUGCCUCCUGGGGUUCCUGCUGCGGGCGCUGGAGCUGACAGACCUGGAGAAGCAGUAUUUUUCCUUUCCUGGAGAGCUCCUCAUGAGGAUGCUGAAGAUGCUGAUCCUGCCCUUGAUCACCUCCAGCCUCAUGUCUGGGCUGGCCACCAUGGAUUCCAAGGCCUGUGGGAAGAUGGGGGUGAUCACCAUCACCUACUACCUCUGGACAACCUUCAUGGCAGUGACCGUGGGGAUCAUCCUCGUGGUCAGCAUCCAUCCUGGGGCAGCUGCCCAGAAGGACAACUACUCUGUGGGGAAAGUGGUGCUCAGCUCCGCCGACGCGCUACUGGAUUUAAUCAGAAACAUGUUUCCUUCUAACCUGGUUGAAGCUUCGUUCCAGCAGUACCGAACUGUUCUUGUCCCGGUGGUGAAAUCUCCUGGUUUUCCAAAGAUCCCGGGAAAACCUGUCAAUUUUAUUUACUUUGCACCUGAUGACAAAAACCCUGAAAUCCACCGGCCUGUGUUCCUUGAGCUGACACCAUCACCCGAGAUGACCUACAGGACCCUGGCUGGGACCAGCAACGAGAUGAAUGUCCUGGGCAUUGUCAUCUUCUCAGCAACCAUAGGACUCCUCCUGGGGAAAAUGGGCGAGCGAGGAGCACCCCUGGUCAACGUGUGCCAGUGUCUGAACGAAGCAGUCAUGAAAAUUGUCUCGAUGGCUGUUUGGUACUUCCCCUUUGGCAUUGUAUUUCUCAUAGCUGGAAAGAUCUUGGAGAUGGAAGAUCCCUCGGUUAUUGGACAGAAGCUGGGACUGUAUGUCAUCACAGUAGUGUCAGGGCUUGCCGUGCAUGGAAUCAUCCUCUUACCUCUGCUUUUUGUGCUCAUCACCAAGAAAAACCCCUUUGCUUUCAUUCAGGGGAUACUGCAAGCCUUGCUGAUCGCCUUAGCUACAUCCUCCAGCUCAGCCACCCUGCCCAUCACCCUCAAGUGUCUCCUGGAGAACAACGGCAUCGACAGGCGCGUGGCGCGCUUCGUGCUCCCCGUGGGCGCCACCAUCAACAUGGACGGCACCGCGCUCUACGAGGCCGUCGCUGCCAUCUUCAUCGCCCAGGUCAACGAGUAUGAGCUGGACCUGGGACAAAUCAUAACCAUCAGCAUCACGGCCUCAGCAGCCAGCAUUGGGGCCGCUGGGAUCCCACAGUCCGGGCUGGUCACCAUGGUCAUCGUGCUCACCUCCGUGGGGCUGCCCACCGAGGACAUCACCCUCAUCAUCGCCGUCGACUGGGCUCUGGACCGGCUGCGCACCAUGACCAACGUGCUGGGGGACGCGCUGGCCGCCGGCAUCAUCGCGCACGUGUGCCACAAGGACUUCGCCCCAAAGCCCCCCCCGCAAAACCCAGUGAGCAACACAGACAAGUUUCUUUCUGCAGAGACCUCACACCUGCAUCCCAAGGACAAAGGGAUUGAAAUAACCGAGGAAACGCUGUUGGAUCAGACGGGAGUUCACUAUAACAUCUGCCAGGUGUAGAUAACAGCACUCCUGCUCCCAGAAACGGCAUCUUGGUGCUAAACACUGACAUUGGGAGUGUCACAUGCGGAUGCUCUGCAAGAUAAAGGCCUUACUUGGCACAGAAAGUGGGAAAACCCUCUCUUACCCAGCAGGCACCCAAAGAGCAUGGCUCUGCCACUGGGGCAGGGAGCCAGCUCCUCCCUGCGCCUGAGGACACAGCUGGGAGCUCGUUGCCCUGUCCUAAAUGGCUGGGUUUGAAGGAUUUAUCACUCCUAUUUUUCCAAGCUCACCUAUUUCUGAAAGCGAGGGAGGUGAGCAGGUGUCAGCAGACUGGAUUUGGUGGGAAUGCAGAAGGGAUGGGACAUAACACUGAACCCUCUGGCCAGCAGCUCUUCCCUGGAGGCCAGGCUGUGCUCCAGAAGCUUUUGUUUUCCUUAUUAUAGAGAUUAUUUUUUUAAUCAAUGCUUUUUAUUUUACUACUGGGUUCUGAUAUAAAAACUGAGAUUAAGUGAUUCUUUGUCUAGAGCUCAAAAUCCAAGUGGGACAUAACUAGAUUUCCCAGCUGUCGGGUUACAGACAGGACGGCUGAGCUGUUGCACUUUCAGGGACAGUGGGAUCCACUGGCUGCAGGGAAGGAAGGCCCAGCUGCACACCUGUUUCUACAGCUGUUUUAGUACAGAGAACUAAUUACCCAGGCCCAAUUGCAACUGUGUUGAUUUUCCCAGCUAAGGAUCUGUCCCCAAGCUCAAAUUCCAAUUACAGCCUUAAAAUCCAGGCUUCCCAGGGCAGCCUUCUACACAAAAGCCUUUUAUAUCAACAAUUCAUGUCAGUGAAUUAAUUUGUCUCUCAAAAUGUCAGCUCAUCCCUUUUCUCCUUCUUGAUCUUUCCUGACAUAGAAUUGGGAACCGUAACACAGCUCAGACCCCCACUCACAUCACUGAAUGUUCUCCAACUGCACAUAAAGAAAACAUUUUCUGUGCAGAAUUCUUUCCAGCUGAAGUCAGAGGUUGUAAAAAAUUUUCUAAUUUAGAAGAAAUAUUCAUUCCAGUUUUGCCAAAUGAAAAGCAGAAACUAUUAAAUAUCAUAAACCAGCUUUUGCAAAAAAUUGUCUUCUUUUAACUUAAGAAAGCCUUCACAUAAUUAGAAUCCUGGGCAACAUAAGCUUGAGACACUGCUGCUAACUUUGGCCUUUUUCACCCUUUCUCCUUGGUGAGGUUAAUUAAUACCUUCUUAAACAUUACAGCCCAGCUGCUCUACAGGGAGCACUCACAUCAUUGGCAAACCCAAAAUAAUCACAUUUCAAAUUAAUCUCUGCAGCUUCCCCAGACAUCCCUCCCUCCUCCCCAUAUCAUUUAUGAUCACCUUGGUACACCACACGCUGGUUCAGCAUCACAGGCCCUGAAAGGCUUUGUGGCAGUUCCUCUAUAGCAGGAGUGAGCUCAGGCACCCAGAGCCCCUGGGAGAUGCUGGUGAGCCCUGGGGAGGCUCCAGGGGGCCCCAGCCUGGACAAGGACCGAGCACCCUGUCCUGUGCAAGACACCCACACCCCACAGACACAGCUGGACAGACACCUCCAGUGCUCCUGACUGCUCCAACACAGGAAUUAAACCAGGCAAGACUGAUGAGACCUGUCUGGUCAGUCACUGGUGCAAGGGAGCACCCACAUCCCUCACUGGAUGAGUCCAGGCCAAGCAGCACAGACACCAGCACAGGCAGCAGAGACGAGCCCCACUUUCACAUCCAUUCUCCUCUCAUUAGUGAGCUCUGGAUAUUACAGCACACAAUUAACCCUGCAACAAAAGGCAGGAUGCCACAUCCACAGCAAAGGUCCCUGAGUGAGUGCUGGGGCUGCAGGAUGAGCCUCUGGGCAGUCACUGCCAUCACUGGGCUCUGGCUUAUCCCAGACCACCUUAUC